UUGUCAUCACCACAAUUUCUAAAGCUCUAAAUUUUGAUUUCACGAAAAUUCAAAACAACGUGGUAUUAAAGUUAUUUUCUAUUAUAAAACAUAUAUAAAUUCACUAUCAAAAUGCCUAAGCCUGUUAAAUUACAUAGUAAAGGUAAACCUAAUAGUAUACAAAAAGCAAACAAAUUAGAUAAAGACAAUGACAACAAGGAUCCUGAGGAGGCUACGAGGGAGUUUCAACUUCAACUAUGCUGGUGUAUACAACAGCUUGAAAGAUCGUUACAUGAGAAAAAAGGCAACGAGAAACAUUUACAAGAAGCAUGGAAGGUGUUAACAAUUCUUAAAAACAACAAUCAACCUAUUAUCAGGAAGAGACAAUUAAUGAGAACUCAUUUCGGUGACUAUAGAGCUAAAAUGGCAGCUGAGGAAAAGAAAUUAAUAAAAAUGGCAAGUAAAUUCAAAAUAUCCGAGAGCCCAGUACAACCAAAGGCUACAUUUUUGAGAAAGUCAGUAUUUAGUGCGACUGGCGAUGAAUCUUUUAGAUUUAAUUUUAAUAUACCUACUGAAAAUUUAGAUAAUGGCAAUACUAAUGUGAAUAAUGACAACACUGAUAACAUUAAUAGUACAGAAACAAAUGACAAUCAAUUAACAGCUAAUGUUGCCAGUGUAGAGAAAAAUGAUGACAAAAAUGAAGUAAGUGCAAAAAGUGAACAGAAAAAUUUUAAGUUUACAUUUUCUUCGUCUAGUUUUAAGUUUAAUUUUCCAAUUGAUGAUUCUUAG